AGCGGUCACUACAGCAGGCGCAGGUGUAUAGUUGUCAACAACCAGCUUAUGAAACUGUCAACUGACACGAUAUGGACCUAUUGACAUUUUCCACGCACGAAAUAGGACAGGGAAAUAUUAUCUACAAGGGUACAGCAGUGUCACUGUUUUCCUCUUCCAAACAUAAUUCGCUGCUGAUAAUCAGUUUGCAAUCAGUAAUACCGUCCUGCCAAGGGAAGAGAUACCACUUGUCAGGGGAACCCUUCCCAAACAGCAUUCAAGACGACCUGGACCAGACAAGUCAGUAUACUUGUACUGUCUCUAAAUCGACAGACGGACCAGCAGUAUGGGAAAUGAUACCGCCGUCUGCGACCUGCCAGCGUCCCGGCUAGGGAUGGGGAGUCUUCACUGGCCAGUUCUCCUCUACACCCUGGUCCUCUUUGUUGUGGGCGUCACCGGAAACAGCUUGGUCUUCUUUAUCUACCAUUGUCAUUUGAAGAAAAAUGUAUUUGGAUCAUUUGUCCAGAUACUAGCCGUAUUGGACAUGGUCAUUGUGUUUGUCUGUCUACCAUGUACUUUCUUGCUGCGUUUUGCUUACGACAUCGACAUCGUUGAUGCUUCCGUACUUUGUAAGACACAGACGUUCGCCAAGCACUUCAGCGCAGCCAUGAUGGGCGUGGUGCUCUCAGCCAUUGCCUACCAGAGAUAUCAGAAGGCUUGCAAACCACUUGGAUAUCACAUGACGAGGUACUUUGUCCUGAAACUAUGUGUCAGUGGGAUUUGCUUUUCAUUAAUAACCAGCACUCCCAUAAUAUAUCUGAUCGGAAAGACAACAACCAUUGUUAAAAAAGAAAAUGAAUACUAUUGCGUACCCACUUGCAAUUUUUCAAGAAAACAUUGGUUUCCCUUGGCCUAUGCAAUAUUCGUGGAUGUCGAAUUCAUUGCAUUUACAAUGUUCUUGGUCGUUACUUAUUUCAAGAUUUGGAAAAGCCUAGGUAAAAGUUUUGCUCAAACUGGAUCAAGAAGAGUAUCAACCAGAGUAUUCUUUGUAUCAGCAAUCAUUUACAUCGUUUCAGGACUGCCCAUCAUGGCCAUUGCAACAUGGUUCAGUGUUCACGAAAACUUGCAUACAUUUUCGCCCAUUCUCUUGACAGCGUUUGACAUUGGCCUCUACCUCCCGUAUGUUAACUGUGUUGCCCACACAGCCAUUUACAGCAUGGCGUCCAGCUUGUUCCGUGUGGAGUGUCGUGCACUAUGUCAGUGUACACAACCUCAAUAAAUCAUCAUUGAUAACGAUUACAUCAGCUGUCAGUUCAUGUUCAUACUUGGUUACAUUAUAUUUCAACUAUACACGUGGUUUGUGUAUUGCAUAUGCUCUUAACACUGACUGAAGUUCUAAUUCUAAACUU